CUUACGUCGGGUUUGGUAACUGCAGUUUAAAACCAACUAAUUAAAUAAACUGGGCGAUUGCUCGGUUUGUAAUGCUGCUUAUGAAAUGGCCGUGGCAAUGAGCUCCACUUGUCCUGGACUUUACUGUGGAAGAACCAGCAUUAAUGAUACUACUGAUAUAUGGGGAGAAUGUGGGGUUUGUCCUCGUGGCGAGAGGACGAACUUGGAGAAGAUCUGUAUGAAAUGCACUGGAUCUCCUGAUCUCUAUGACUGGCUGUACCUGGGCUUCAUGGCAAUGCUGCCUCUGGUCCUGCACUGGUUCUUUAUCGAGUGGUAUUCUGGGAAAAAGAGUUCUAGUGCCCUUUUCCAGCACAUUACGGCCCUGUUUGAAUGCACAGUUGCUGCUGUAGUGACUCUGCUGCUCAAUGAUCCUGUCGGCCAGCUGUAUAUUCGUUCCUGUGAGGUGAAGAUGCUUUCAGACUGGUACACCAUGCUGUAUAACCCCAGCCCAGACUACGUCACCACGUUGCACUGCACACAGGAGGCUGUGUUUCCUCUAUACACCAUUGUGUUGAUCUACUACGCUUUCUGUCUGGUUUUCAUGAUGCUUCUACGGCCACUUCUGGUUAAAAAGAUUGCAUGUGGUUUAGGCAAGACGGAUCGUUUCAAGAGCAUCUACGCAGCGCUGUAUUUCUUUCCCAUCCUCACUGUCCUGCAGGCAGUUGGAGGAGGACUGCUGUACUAUGCGUUUCCGUAUAUUAUUUUGGUCCUAUCCUUGGUCACGUUGGCAGUUUACAUGUCAGCUUCAGAGAUACAGUCUUUCAAAAACCUUGUGGCCAAGAAGAAACGGCUCGUCGUUCUCUUUAGCCAUUGGCUCCUCCAUGCAUACGGUAUUAUUUCUAUAUCCCGACUGGAUAAACUAGGCCAGGAUUUGCCUCUGUUGGCUCUGGUGCCUGGACCUGCUCUCUUCUACCUGCUGACGGCCAGAUUUACCGAACCAAACCGGAUUCUGUCAGAGGGGGGAAAUGGACACUGAUAUCAUUACCUUUGCUGGAGAACCGAUUCGUCCAAAUGUAGAGGAAUGGCAUUUAGUUUAAUGACACCUUUGGGACGAAUGCCAAAAAGCCAUAUUCACAAGAUUUCUUUUUUGUUUGCUUGUAAUGAACCAAGAUCAAAUGAAAUAUUCUCAUUUCGCUCUUCAUUUGUUUACCGUUUUCCUUUAAAUCCGAAAUGUUUUUGUAAAUUUAUUGUAGCUUUAUUAUGUACUAUUCAUUUAGAUACUUGUAACUGUUAUCAAACAAUAGAUCCAACUCAAAUACUGACUGUAUUGUACAAAUUUUACAUUUUGCAUGUUGUAAUUGAAGCAGCAGGUCUGUGAAUUUCAUUGAAAUGUUUUUACCCGCAUGUCAGAUUUUCUUGUGCCAAAUAUAGUUGUAUGUAUAUGUUUUUAUUUUUUGUUCAUGUGUAGUUAAAUGAUAUUAGCUUAAAACAACAAAAUAUUGUGACAUCAUAUUUGCGUGCGGCAUUAUAUGAAUGUUUCGCUGCUGAAUAUGUAAAUAGGCGGACAACCUGUAUUGUGAGAAUAAUUCUAUCAAGUUUUCGAUUUUCUCAGAAGGUGUUUCUUUAAGCACGUAUAUUUAUAGUUAUAGCUCUAUGGUUAUAUAUUUUCUCAGUUAUAUAUCACUGAUUCAACUUGUAUGUGAUGUUUUACAUGGUGUGGUGGUUAGUUAAAUGAAUAACCAUCAGAUCUAUGAAAAAGAGUGUUUGUCAGCAGUGUUUGACUUGUUGAAUAAAUUAUGGUGACUUAUUUUA